AGAAAAGGUGUAGUGUUUGGGACUUCAGCGGGCUAGGUUGGUUUGGCAGGGCAAAGCUCUCCGAACAAAACCCAGAAGCAUGGAGUCCGGGUGCCCUGAGUUGCUGGAGCCCCCAGAAGAUAUCUUCUCAACAGGAUCCUUCCUGGAGCUGGGGCUCGACUGUCCUCCGUCAAAGGGCCUUCAGAAGAGCGAACCUGACGAUCUCCUGAACCUCUUCAUUGAUCCCAAUAUGGUAUACUGCUCAGAAACAGCUCCUGGUAGUGACAGUGGUGUCUCUGAAGACCCUAGCUCCCCCGCCCCACAGGCGCCCGACUCCCCCGCCCUCUAUGAGGUUGUCUAUGAGGCAGGGGCCGUGCAGAGCACUCAGCAGGAAGCGGGGCCAGCCUUCGGACUCAUCUCCAUCCAGAUAGAGCAAUGGAGCUCUGCAUUCAUGGCGCCUGAGACCUGCACGGUCAGUGGGCUACCCUUUGAGGCUCAUAGACACAUCCUGCCUCGAGCCAGCACUGGAGCCCCAGCAGCUCCUGACACCCUGCUGUCCUGCCAACGUCUGUUCCUGACAGAUGAAGAGAAGCAUCUGUUGGGGCAAGAAGGGGUUUCUCUGCCCUCUCACCUGCCCCUUACUAAGGCAGAGGAACGAGUACUCAAGAAGGUCAGGAGGAAAAUCCGCAACAAGCAGUCAGCGCAGGACAGCCGACGGCGGAAGAAAGAAUACAUAGGCGGGCUGGAGAGCAGAGUGGCAGCCUGUUCUGCACAGAAUCAGGAACUACAGAGAAAAGUCCAGGAGCUGGAGAGGCAGAACACCUCCUUGGUGGCACAGGUCCAUCAGUUACAGAUGCUCACUGCUCAGACCUCCAGCAGAGCUGCCCAGACCAGUACCUGUGUUCUGCUUCAGCCCCUUCCAGGGUCAACCAGAAGGCAGACCGAAGGCUUACCAGCCUCAUGGAGUGAUUUCCAGAAAUAUCUUGACUCACAAGGACAUUACAGAAAGCCCAGAGAUUCCAGCGGUGAAGUCCCAACUGGAGGGGGGACUGCCUGAAGUCCCAGCUGCAAAUGGCUCUACGAAGACACAGUUAAAGCUGGGGACGAGGAACAGACCCAUUGGGCAGAUCAGAGGGACGCUGCAUGCGGAUGAGAUGUAAGCCUUUCCAAUCCCACAAGAACCCAGAAGCUUCCCCAACUCUUCCAUCUGGAAUUCCCGUUUAGGUGUCCAUACCCUGGAGUUCUAACUCAAGAUUCCACAGAUCCACAGAGGCCAGGCUGCUUAUAUGGCAGGGCUUCUCAUAUACUUCUCUCCUAUAUUUGUGAUUUCUUCUUUAGGGAUGGGACUAACGGGAAGCAAGUUUUGACUCAGAAAUAAACUUUCUAGCUAAAAUUCAAUCCCAGAAAAUUUUACUGCUUCAGACAAGUUCCUACUAUAGAGCCUAAACUGGUCUCAAACUCUGGUUCCCUCCCAAGCUAGUACAAGUAUGAAGGACCACAUUCAGCUUAGCUUUUUAUUACUGUAUAUAACUAUGAUAUGUAAGUAUUAUUUUAUGUAUAAUACUCGUGUGAAGGUCAGGGGCAACUUCUUUUUGGUUUUUCGAGACAGGGUGCUCACUGGAACUCUUAACAGAGACCCGCCUGCCUCUGCCUCCCGGUGCUGGGAUUAAAGCUGUGCACCAGCAUCUCCUGGCUCAUGGCAACUUUUUAGCUUUCUUUCCUCUCACUAUGCAGUCUAGGGAUCAAACUCAUGUCUUAGGCCUAUGAAACAAACACUUCUUGAAUUCGUUGUUUGGAGACAUUCUCUGUGUAGUUCUGGCUGUCUUAAAACUUGCUCUGUAGACCAGGCUGGCCUUGAACUCAAGAGAUCUGCCUGCCUCUGCCUCACAAGUGCCAGGACUAAAGAAGUGCCACUGUCAAAAUGUUUAUGUAUGUAUCUAUGUGCAUACGUGUGGGUGUCCAUAGAGGGCAAUGGAUCCCUGGAGCUGGCAGUUGUGAGCUCUGCCAGACACAAGUACUGGAACUAAACAAAAUCCUCUGGAAAAGCAGCAAGUUCUCUUAACUGCGGAGCCAUCUUUCCAGCCGCUGCACCAAGCACUCUAACACCUAAGCCACUUUACCAGCCCAGAAAUUUUAAAUAACAGUAAAUGAUUAAGACUGGGAAGAUGGCUCAGUGGUUAAGAACAUCUGUUGUUCAUGCAGAGGACCUGAGUUCCACUCCUACAGCCAUCUACAAUUACAGUUUAGGGGACCCGACAUCCUCUUCUGACCUGAGGGUACCAGGCAGACACAUGGUGCAUGCACACACAGGUAAACCAGUCCCAUAAAUAAAAUAUAAGAUAAUUAAGUCUAAAAAAAAAAUUAAGAGUAAAAGAAGGAAGAGAAUUGUUACCUGAUAAAUCAUCAUUCCCUACCACCACCUGGCUCAAAUUUUUUAAAAAUAUUUUAUUUCUUUAUUAUGCAUACAAUAUUCUGUCUGUGUGUAUGUAUGUCUGCAGGCCAGAAGAGGGCACCUGACCUCAUUACAGAUGGUUGUGAGCCACCAUGUGGUUGCCGGGAAUUGAACUCAGGACCUUUGGAAAAGCAGGCAAUGCUCUUAACCACUGAGCCAUCUCUCCAGCCCCUUCAAAUUAUUUUUUAAAAAAGACGUAUUCACUUUGGGGCUGAAGUGGUUCAGUGGUUAAGAGCACUUGUUGGACCAGUGUUCGAUGCCCUGUGCCGUGUGGCAGCACAGGACCUUUCCUGCCCUUCAAGGGCACUGACAGGCAGAGUGCACAAACAUACAUGCAGUCUCUUAUACACAUGGGGAAAUUUUUUAAAAAGAAAAGGAUUUAUUCGUUUUCCUGUGAAUAUCUGUCUAUUUCUGUAUGAGUUUGUGCACUGCUUGCCUGCAGGUACCCAGAGGCUGCAGUGCAUCAGAUCUCCUGAUGUUAGAAUUACAAGUGGAUGUAAAUCACCUGAUUGGGAUGCUAGCAAUGAAUCCAGAUGCUACGUUAAUCACUAAGCAAACUCACCAACCUCUUAAUUUUUUUGAG